AAACGUACAAAUGCUCAAGGUGAUCGCGCAAAAGAAGGAAUCGCAAUCAACUCUGGACUUCUGACACUAGGAAAUGUCAUCAGUGCUCUUGGAGACGAAACCAGGCGUGCGGCCCAUGUACCUUACCGUGACAGCAAACUCACCCGGCUUCUGCAGGACUCUCUUGGCGGCAACAGCCAGACCAUGAUGAUGGCCUGUGUCUCGCCUGCCGACACAAACUUUAUGGAGACCUUGAAUACCCUCAAAUACGCCAACCGGGCACGGAACAUC